AAAGAUAGAAUGAUACUUGUGUCGACUUGUGUCACUAAAUGGAAAGCACCCUAGAUUCACGAACAAGAAGAAGGAAAGACUAUCGCGAUAUCACUGUCCCUCUUGCGUGUUCCUUUUUAUUUUUACUUUUUAUUAAUAACAGACUGAUAGAAGCGACAAAGUUGGUUCGAUUUUACGUAUGGAUGUAUGUACGUCAAUGUAAUAAUUUACGACAAUUCGACCGCUCACAAUUGCAGAUCUUUAUAUACACGUAUAUGCACAUUCUUGCUGAUCGCUGUCAAACGGAACACGCGACAUACAUUUGUAGAUUCGUCAUUUAACGUGCAUCGUGAUCGUCAAACAAUUACAAAAUGGGAUCGUUGACAAGCAGACAAAAUGCUGGCGUUGAAGAAGUUGAUAUUACUUCAAACCACGCGUAUAAAUAUCCUCCACGAUCCGGAUCUUAUUUCGGUAGUCAUUUUAUAAUGGGCGGUGAGCGAUUUGACACACCUCAACCUGAGGCAUAUCUUUUCGGAGAGAAUGCAGAUUUAAAUUUUUUGGGCAGCCGACCAACUCCUUUUCCAUAUCCUCCACCACAAGCCAAUGAUCCUACAAAAACACUGAAAAGCUUGGUAAACAUACGUAAAGAAUCUCUGAGAUUAGUCCGCAAUAUGGAUCAAACAUCAACAUCUUCGCAUUAUCAUAAUGUCAAGCAUUAUGGUGAUAGUGAUAUUGACAAAAAACCUAAUCGUUUCAACAUUGAGUUUGUUUUUGACUGUGAUGUGAGAUGUGCAAUAACAAUAUAUUAUUUUUGUACAGAAGAAGUUUCAACGAAGGGAGUUGCAUAUAUACCACGAGAUCCAUUGAUGAAUUCUGAAACAUAUCAUUAUAAAAAAGGAGCAAAUCAAUUGUUUUCACAAACAACACAUAUAUUUGAUCCAACAUUAUAUAGUGAAGAAGAUCUGAUGUACAAUGCAGAUAGAGAAAUAAUUCCAAUAGCUAUACAUUGUGUAGCAGAGGAAGGAUCGGACGAUCCAAAACAAUCUCACACAACCAUAGCUGUAGUUGAAAAGCAUUCCGAUGGAACAUAUGUAUUGAAAGCACUUAAACAAAAACUUUAUGUGGAUGGUCUUUGCUAUUUAUUACAAGAGAUAUAUGGAAUUGAGAAUAAAAAUACUGAAAAUGCCAAGCAACAAGGUAGUGAUGAAGAUACUGAAGAUAAUGGCUCCGAGUGCGUUAUUUGCAUGAGCGAAGUACGCGAUACGUUAAUUUUACCAUGUAGACACUUAUGUCUGUGUAACUCUUGUGCCGAUUCGUUAAGAUAUCAAGCAAACAAUUGUCCAAUAUGCCGUGCGCCAUUCAGAGCACUUUUGCAAAUUAAGGCUCUUCAAAAAGCAACCGGUACAAUUAUAUCCAAUCCGCCAUUACCAGAGGGAAGUUGCGAGAAUAUCCCAUCAGGCUAUGAAGCGGUAUCUUUGAUUGAAGCUUUAAAUGGACCUUAUACUCCACGAACUGCCAUCAUCGCGCCAGAAUCUCCGGAUACUCCUGAUACAGAUACGGCAAGUGCCAUUCAAGCCGCAGAAACUUUAAAUCGUUCGGCUGAACGUACUCCAGUUUCAAAACAUAUAUCCGCCAAAGAGAUCGAUGUAUCGGCCAGAUCCAGUAGUAUCGCUUGUCCGACUCCCGAAUUCCGUAUGUCGGUAUUAUUAGCCAGAGACGAGCACUCGGGUUCUCAAAAAGAGCUGCAUAAUAGGUCUCCAGCUAUGCGAGCCAAAUCGAUACAUUCGCGUGACAAAUCUGGUUUAAGGACGCGUGACACAUUAAGAUUAGUCAACGAGAAGCAACCGACUUCUCUAUACGAGAGCCAAGGACAAGAUGAAGAUAGUGAAGCAGAGAAGUUAUCACCACUGUUAGAUGCAGCCACGAGUACUGAAGCUUUGGAUGUACAUUCCCAUAGAAUAUGCGACAUUGAUAUUGAUGACGAGAUUCAGAACACGGGAAAUGAAAAUGAUGCGGAUAUUACUUGUCACUCGCAUUAGAAUGUCAAAAAAAGACUUUUGCAUGACAUUUACUCUUGUUCUUUUAAGUAUUAUUUACAAAACAUUUUAUUUUUUUGUAUAAAGUGCAAAUCAUUUAUAUAUAUUUAUUCAUAGAUUUUGAAUUAUUUGCUUCAAUCAAACUACUGAAUUUCUUACUUUUCAGAUAAUUUAUGAUAGUUGCAUAUUUCGAAUCCAGAAUGAGUGCUUUCCGUUUAUGUGACUUUUAACAAGAAAAAAUCGAAAGGGAGAGACAUGAGUUAGCUUAAGAUGAUAGGUGCAAUAUGAUAAAUAAAAAGCUAUAAUAUAAAAUUAUAAAAUAUAAACUUUGUGAAUAUAAGUGUAGAGGUAUAAGUUGCUUUAUACAAUUCUAAUUGUAGAUAUAUUUGUAUGCGCGUAUAGCUAUGUUUAAAGUAUUUAUUUUCAUAAAAUGGUAUAUUUUGUAUAUAAUUCAACAAAUUGAUCUAAGUUUGCUUUUUGUAUUUUUUUAAAAUCACUGUUAGAAUUAAUUAUUGUCUUGUGAAAAUAGAAAUGAAGGAUUGAAUUAUAUUACUAAAUGGAAAGCACUUAAUCAUAUAGUAUAAAAAUAUGUUUUACUUCACAAAUUAACUCUAAUGUCAGGAAUCGAGACAUGAACAAUUGUAUUUCUCAUAAAACUUUGUAUUGUAAUUAGAAUCUCAAGCAAACCAAAAUAUAUAUGUAUAUAUAUGAUUUAUGAAAUUUAUGAAGACUGGAAUAAUACUUGUAAAAAGACAAUGUCAUACAUAAUAUAUCACCUUUUUUAGAUAGAUAUAAUUAUUAAAUUUACAUGCAAAUUAAUAUUAGAUAAUAAAAGUGCUUCCAUAUUUUUAUUUUCACCAAAUGUAAAAAAAUUAUAUAUAAAUUUCUCAGAUGAAUAGUGUAUAAUAAAGUGUUUUUCAUUACUU